GGGGGGUCAUUAAGCUUGAAAGGUGUCCACCUCCGCUCCAAUACAUUCCCUGUCAAAAUAAUAAGGAUUUUUCUCAUGGGAUGGUCUACAUUUUCAUUUCGAUUUUUCGAGUCUCGAUGGCUCCUAGAGGAAAUUGCAUCUGAACUAAUGUGCAAGUAUGAGCAGAGUAAAAAAGUGGUCCCUAUCCCAUUCAGACGGCUGGUGGAACACGGACAAAUGUCGUCUUCUCAAAUUCGACGCAAAUGGGACAUACGUUAAACACAAGGUCAAAGGCGGAGUUGCGGCCGUUGAGGAAUUCUGGAACAAUCGAGUUUUACAAGCUAAUGAUGGGAUCGAAUUCGGUUUGGGAGGCAUGCAAUGGGAAUUGGUUGGAUCGCUCUUUUUGGGUUGGCUCAUUGUCUACCUGAUCAUUCGACGAGGGCUACAUCAAAGUGGUUACAUCAUCUGGUUCACGGCCUUAUUCCCCUAUGUGGUCAUGUUAACCCUCUUGGCCAAGGCCUUAACGCUGGAGGGAGCCAUCGAAGGACUCAAGGCUUACGUUCAUGUGGACUGGUCAUACAUGCGAAAUGGAUCGACUUGGAUUGACGCCGCAACUCAGAUUUUCUUUGCUUACAGUGUGGGCACCGGAGCCCUCUCAGCCUUGGGAUCCUACAAUAAAUUUAAUCACAACUGUUUCAGAGAUGCUCUCAUCACAUGCGUCAUCAACACUUGCACUUGCCUCACGGCUGGAGUCUUGGUGUUCUCCAUUUUGGGCUACAUGGCCGUACUCCAAGAGACCACUGUGGCUAAGGUGGCUCGAUCUGGACCAGGAUUAGUGUUCAUCACUUACCCUGAGCUCGUUCUCAGUCUUCCCGUGUCCUUCUUUUGGGCAGUAAUCUUCUUUGCCAUGCUUCUGGUCUUGGGCAUUGACACCGAGUUUUGUAGCGUGGAAUCUCUCAUCACUGGCAUUGUAGAUAACUGGUCGGAAAAAUUGUUGCCUUAUCGAAAGCAAGUAGCCGUUGGUGUUUGCCUGGUACUGUAUCUGUUGGGACUGCCGAUGGUUACUCAGGGUGGUAUUUACAUCUUUCAAUUGAUGGACUUCUAUUCAGCUUCUGGAAUGUCACUUCUUUGGAUUUGCUUUUUUGAAACGAUUGCGGUCUCGUGGUUUUAUGGAGCUGACAAGUUCUCUGAUAACAUCAAACAAAUGACCGGAAUGAAGCCCUUCUUUUUCUGGUACCUCUGCUGGAAGUACUUUGCGCCGUUACUUAUGUCGGGAGUCUUUAUUUACUACAUCGUCUCAUAUCAACCAGUGACUUAUGGAACUUACGAGUUUCCUCUAUGGGCCGAGAUUCUAGGCCUGUUCAUCUCAUUUUCUUCCAUGAUUUGGGUGCCUGCUUAUGCCAUCUACUACUUGAUUUCGCAACCUGGAACCCUUAAAGAGAAUUGGAUCAAAGGAACAACUGCCAAUAUCGAGAUGCGAAGUGACGCUUUAACAAUUUUAGCUGAAAGGAAGAGACAGGAGAACGACAUUUCACGAAAUCAGUCCGACGUUCCAUUCUUGAACAAAACCGAAAGUCAAACUGAUUGUCAUAAUUAAAUAUCAACCAAAUUAAGAUGAAUACAUUAUUGCCACUUGUAGUGGAUAACUCAUUGCUCAUUACUACUAUGAUCUUAACCUGUGCACAAAUAAGGUAUUACAUUGUAAGAAUUGACCUAAUGAAACCCUAAUUUUUGUUGACGAUGUAUUUGGUCCCCGAAUGAACCACAGCCGAGUACCAAAGCUCUUGUGAAAUAUCAGUAACCCACAAUGGAGAAUGAUAAGUAUGUCAUUUAAUUCCUAUUCCAUACUUGCGGUACAUCUUACGAAUAAACAUGUGUGUACGUCA